UCCUCGUUAAACAUGUGUUCUAUGUAGAGUUCACCUGCAGAAAUCAUAAUGGAGGAGAUAUAUCCAAUGAACAAUGCAUUAAAUGGGGAGGAAAACAUGUCAAGUCCAAAAAAAGGAAACAUGUUGCACAGUGUCUUUAAUGCUUUGAAUAUAGUUUGGGAACAAUUUUCUAAAGUUCCUGCUUCAUUCAUAGCAAGCAUUAAUUACCCAUUGUCUGUAACAGUUGUGAACAAUGGAGACAUAAUUUCACAUGAUUUUUUUAAAAAUUUGACAAAUAAAACAGAGCCAUUAAAUACUGAUAAUGUGUACAUUCACGAUGCUCAAGUAAAAGAAUCUUUAAAUAUUGUUGAGAGAAUUCAUAAUGAUACAUAUAAUGAAAAGAAAUCUUACAUGAACAAAAUUUUUAAUGAAAAUAUGAAAGAUAGUUUCAAUUUUGGUUAUGAGUAUAUUGCUAACAAGAACCACAUUGCAAACAAAUCUGAUCAAGAGGAAUCAAUUGUUCAGCAGAAUGUUGAAGUUAAUACAAAUAACUAUAAUUACUUAAUACCUGUUCAAAAUUUGAACAAAAUAAGUGAAGAGGACUUAUUUGAAUACAUUUGUCCCAAUAUAAAUACACAAAAAAUGUAUGCUAGGAAAAAUUGUUAUAACAUUGAAGAUAAUUAUAGUAGAAAUGCUUCUAAUAAGGGACAAUUAUUUAAUUACACUAACAACAAUGUGAAUGAUAAGAUGAUUAUGAACAUGGAAACUUCUUUUUUAACACGUAAUAUAGAUACAUUAAGUAUACAGUCAGUUGAACAAAUUACAAUGUCCAAUAUGUUUACAAAGAUGUUACAAAAGGUUUUUAGUGGUGUAACAGAUCGACUUUGUAGAGCAGACUUUGUUGAAUCAGAUUUGGCAAUGAAACGGUCAUUUUCACCUAACCAACGAAGAAGGCUUAAUGCUGUGGCAAAAAGUAGAGGUCGAGGACGAGCAAAGUCACAGCUAAGACGUUCAGGAGUUAGUCAAACGAGACACCGAAAGGAACGCAUUAAGCACGACAUUGCUGUAGACAUAGAAAGUGAUUUUAGAAAUUGGCAAGAACUUCAAAUGUAUCAUACAAUGGAAAGUUUUCAAUCACAAGACUGUUUUAGCUUAGAUGAAGAUGUAGUAGAUGCUGUUCAACAUAUUAUGAAGGAAACAGUGGAUCCUCUGACAUAUACUUUAGCCGAUAUAAAACCUAAAAUUCAGAAACCAAAAACACGCAAAAACGUUGAUCAAGGAAUAUCUAAAUUUUCUACAAAAAUGAGAAGCAUACCCGAAUGCAUAGAACAAACAAAUAUUUUUGAAGACGAUUUUCUUGAAAAUAGAUACAAUUUGCAAAUGAAUACAUUUCGACCACGUUUAAUAUCAGAAAGUUCUAUUGAUUCAGAAGAUAGUUAUUGUAUAGUAUUUGAAACUGGUUCUGAAAUAACUUGCACAAGUGACCUUGAUGAUAAUGAGGAGAUUGAUGUAGAUCAAACAAGCGAAGAAAGCGACAUAGUUCGAGCAAGUGAAGAUGAAGAAACAUGUAAAGAUGAAGGAUCUAUAUCUCCAGUUCAAAAAGUAAAAUUUAAUUUAAAUCCGAUGAUUCACAUAAUGGUGAAAUGGGAUUAUGCGUAUCGUGCAGCUCGGAAAGGUCCAUGGGAGGAAAUGGCUAGAGAUAGAGAACGAUUUAGAAGCCGUAUAAAUUGUAUAGAACGUGUUCUUAAUCCAAUAUUAACUGUUCAGCACAGAAAUCAUAUUUGGCAAGAACGAUUUGUACUUACCGAUUAAAAUUCGUAUCCACCGUCUUCUUAAGGAAAUGCGUCAAACAUCUGCAGUAGAAAGAAUGUCGAGGAAAAGGUGAACCGGAAGAGGAUGGGCACGAUUUUAACUGGAUGGUUGAUGCAACAGAGAGGGCUACACCAUGGACUUUUGCAACACUGCGUUUCUCGACACAAUGUGCUGUUGACAUAACGUUGACAAAUUGACUCCCCUUUCUUGAAUGUUGGAUUGCAUGACUGCAAAAAUACAAAAUUACUCACCAAUUGCUUCUUGGCGUCGUACCAUAGAAUUAUUGUGAUUUUAAUUAAUUGUUAAUGGUAACCUAAUUAGCGCUGUUUAUAGUA